GCCGCUUUUGUUCCCUCGGUGUAACUGGGACCGUAGGGAGUGAUCUUCCCCCCUUUCUGCUGCCGUGCUGGGGUAGGUCUGGAAAUCGUUUUGGGACACCGACUGUCGAUUGUUUCUCGAGAUUGACUCCCCACAGGAGUACUUCCGCACUGGGGUUGACAUUCCAUGCGGAUUACUGGUGAAAAGCUUUUACCAGAGCGAAUUUUAGGAAUAAGUCAUCUAUGAAAACUAACAUGAUUUCCUUCGCCAGUCAUUUUCUGUUUUGCUGAGCUGUCGCUGCGCAACAAAAGGAAUUGCUUUUCCGGCUGAACAAGAACCCUCGAGAGCUUCUUUCACUCGGAAUAAAUAGCCUUGAGAAAUCCUAAGGCUCACCAUUUUUUACCCACCCUUGAAUGUGAAGCUUUUUCAUCCCUUCCCUCCCCUUCACUCCUUGGAUUUUUAAAAAAGUGCUGAUAACGGUUUCUUUCAAUGAAUGAAAAUGGAAACAUUUUCCACUGCGAACUGGUGCUGCAAAAGAGCUUCUCGUCGUAGAUGUUUAGUUGACACCUAAAGACAGACCAGCUUUACGAAGAGGAGAGAAAAGAAAAUUCGAAUAUCUUUUUUGGAGCAAAAACCAGAUAACUAUUUUUUUCCUUCUUCUAAAUAUCAUAUCUUGAAUUCCUGAAUCCAGAGGAUCUGAAUAUAUUUCGUAGUUCAACAAUACACAGCAUGUGAAUACUAAGCCUAGAUAUCUACUGCUGAUCGUAAAAUAUCUGUAAAAGAACUUCACGAGAACUAUAAAAAGAUGCAAUAAUCUUCAGUCCUUUAGAGACGGUGCAUUCUGUGAUCUCUGACCUUUAUAGGUAUUGUGAUUCAUUUGGUGUGGUUUAAAUCCUCGAAAUCUACGUCUUUAUAUACUUUGGUAAAUGCUCAUUAAGAACAUUUGACAAAGCAAAACAAUAAAACUAAAACUAAUUACGAGCAGCAUAAGUUGCUUGUGAAUUUUUGAAGGGAUUACAUGUAUACAUAUUUGAGAUUGAGUUUUAUAGCAUAUACUCGCUAAAUUUGUGAAUACAGCACUGUUCGUCGACAUUGAGCGAAAUAUUCUAAUUAAUUUGCACAUCUGCAAACGAUAAUGAACUCCAUAAACUGUUUAUAAAUGUGCAAUAGAAAGAUUAAAUUAUUCGAAUCGAUAUUUGCUCGUAGAAACGUUCAUCCUAAUUUUACAGCGAGAACAAUCCAACGAAAGGCUAGGAACAAUCCAACCAAUUUGAUGGUUUUGCAUGAUAAAGAGUGCUAAGAAGAGAUCUUAACAUCAAAUUCAUCAGCAGAAUUUAGUGACAGAAUUUGUCACGAAUCAACUGUAGAUCUUUAUUACAAGUCCUACUCUCUAAAAACUCAACAAUGGCGCAUGAUAAUGCCAAAGCGGAAUCCAAACAAGCUCGAACGCGAAAGCCGAGUGCCAUACAGAAGCUCCGACAACGAGUGGCCAGGCGAGAUCCUGCUGAGAUACUUGCCUUCGAACGUCGGUGUCUUGUGGUAGCCACAGCAGGACUUUUGGUAGCAUUCGUGUUUUGGACCGUGGCCGUCAGCACUGACUACUGGUUCCAUGUCCUACCAGAAAGUGGUAACCCCAUCUAUAUUAACAGAACGAACAGCUUCUUCAUCAGCAGCCAUUCGGGACUGUGGACCAUCUGCAAAUUUCAGUAUUUUAAUGGGUCGACGGAAGGACCUGCUGUGAGAAAUUGCCACAAUCAUAGGCUCUUCCCGACAGAAGAAUUCAUUAAUAAGAACCCCGAGGUGGAUAGGACAAUACUCGAUUACACCAGGACCGAGACUGCCUUUGCCAUCAUCACCUUCUGCCUUAUUGCGAUGGGUUUCGGCUUUGCGGUCUACACUUUCAAGGAACCGAGGUACAUGUUCAAGAGGCUCGCCGGUGGAGUGCACUUCAUAGGAGCUGGAGCCUCCUUAGUGGUGAUUGAAGUAGUGAUCAACUCCGUGGAGUAUGAGGAGCAAUACUUAACUGAUCGACAUCCCAGGGGGGCUGUCUGGACCUACGGCUACUCUUUCGCAUUUGCCUGUCUCACUUUUAUCGUUCUGCUCAUCAGCGGAAUAACCUUCAUGAUUUGUUCUAGAAAGAAGAAAGGAGACAGAUCUGGAGGGGUGCAAGGAGUGGAUGACGAACCCCACAUUUUAGGCAGAAUGUGAUUCGUUCUAAAGACCUUCCACUGGUGCGACCUGAAUCUCAUAUAAGUCGAAAGAUCAAUCAUAUUAUGAGAAAGCAUUGCAAUGGAAAAUAAAAAAAGGGUUUCAACUUUUUGUUAGCACUUUUAUUACAUUGAAGGACAUAUCUAUAAGAUUAACUGGAAUAUGAAAUGUUUCUGAAAAGAUAGAGAGGCUCUGAAUUGUUCUUUUUUUUUAUGUUGCACCUGAUCAGCCUGUUCUUUGGGAUCCUCAAAUCCACGUUGAAACAAAUCCAAACGAGGCCUGCUUGUUGAAUUCCUCCAUUGUUUCGGGACUGAAAGGAAUUCUAAGUGGUAUUUGUUUCCUUACUAUGAUAUCAAUUUGAUCAACGGUGUUAUUCAAGAUGCUAACAUUUUCUCUACGCCCAUUUAUCAUAUUGAAGAACAUAUACUUACCUAGAAAUGUGAAUUGCUUUGAAAUGGUAAAAGUUUAAAUUGUCUUGGCAUUUUAAUACACAAAAAAUAGAUUAUUCGUUGACGCGCACAGAUUACAUUAACCUCAUUAUCGAUGCAAUAUGAAAAUUUUAUCGAGUGGUUUCAUUUUUAAUGUGAAACAAUGCUUGGUUUGCGCAGUUUGAAUAUCAAAUAAUUACUGCAAACGAUUAAUUUCUUUUCUUUUUUUCUGCAAUUCGAGCGGAGCUUUUAUAUUGUUUAUUUAUGAAACGAAUCCGAAAAUGAUAUCGGAAUACGAACACAAACAUUUUAACGUUCUUCAUUGUAUGACGAUCUGUAUUACAGUAUAAAGUGCUCUGUUUCGAUUAACUGUAUGUAAAUGAAUGACAGAACAACAUUAAAAAAACGUUCUUUUCAUUCAUUAUAUGAAUCGAGUAAGUACUUUUCGAAGCAAUAACAUGAAGGAGAAUUAUAUUGAUUAAGUUGAAUGUAAAUAGCUAAAUUGUGAAAUGAGCACAUUUCUUCACAUGCCUUAAAAUGAAACUUAAUUCUUCAUGAAUGCCUUUCACCCACAUAAAUCACUGAUUAUUUGGCUUGGAAAUUGUUUAUGAUUAUUUUAUUUUUGUGAUUGGGUUCAAAGUUUAAAUUUACCCCUUUCGAUUCUAACACGAAUACCAUCAAGAUUGACUGAACUUAUUUCAGUGUUUGCUUUGUUUAAAUAUCACAUUUUUGUAGAGGGAGGAGGUCGACGGUUGCAGCAUAUUUUCAGUUAGUCAUUCUAAAAUGGCAUUUCAUUUUUUUUUUUUUUUUUUUUUUUUGUCUUAUGAAGAAAAUUUUUUCUUAUAAAAAUGUGCUUAUGCAUAUAUUAAAAAUAUAUAACUUUGAUAAAAUAAAAUGCAUCAGUUUUGAACAUACCUGUGUUCAUUCCGUAAAGAUUAAAUAUGGCUGCGACUUAGGUGGAGAAAAGGAACUACUUUACUGAAACAAUCCCUCUAUAUCCUGAAAACGAAAUGUUCCCAAUAAAUGGCAGCCAUUGCUGCUGGAAAAUGCAAUAAUCAUUAUUUAACAAAGAAAUUCUUGUUAUAAACUUUCUCAUCUGUCUUUUUAUUGUCAAGGAUUGUUUAUGAUAACAGUUAGAUCGAUAUCUCAAACAAUUUUAUGCAGCUACAGGAGUUGAAAUAUACGAAAGGAAGAUCAAUUGUUAACCUAAUAAUAGAAAGAUAUUGUGUGAUGACAUUUUCCAACUGAAUAACUGCUUUGUGCGAAUAAACUUUAACAGAAAAGAAAUAUUCUUCUAUUGACUUCACAUAAUGUGGACCUUUUUUGAAAUGCAGCUAUUUUUGAAGAUUCAAGCAAAAAUUCCUCAAACCAUAA